AUGGUAUGUGUUGUUUUAGGUGCUAAUCCUCCUUUAGCUGUGUUUGAAGGUUUCAUUAAUCGUCUUUGGGGUAAGCUGGGGAUAGAGAGAAUUGCUCGUAUGAAUGCAGGUAACACUCUAGUUAAAUUUCGGGAUGAAGCAACUCGAGAUAUGGUGUUGGAAUCUGGUGUGGUUCAUUUUGACAAGAAACCGGUUUUACUGAGGCCUUGGUCGACAUAUCUUGAUAAGAUGAGAUUGGUGAAAUCUGUACCUGUUUGGAUAAGAUUUUCAGACUUGGGUCUUCAAUAUUGGGGUCUUAAAAGCUUGAGAGCUCUGGUUAGCACUAUUGGUAAGCCUAUGAUGAUGGAUAAGGUGACUAAGGAGAAGUCAAUGGUGAAAUUUGCUAGAGUCCUUGUAGAUGUUGAGAUUUCAGAUCAGGUUCCUCAAUGCAUAAAUUUUAUCAAUGAACGUGGUCAAUUGAUGGAACAAGCUAUAGAACAUGAAUGGCUCCCUACCCACUGCUCGUGUUGUAAAAAUUUAGGCCAUACAGCAACAAGUUGUAAAUACACUCAGAAGGUAGUUUGGAAACCAAAACAGAUAGUUGUUGGUCCUAAUAAUGGGAAGCCAGAGGGAUCUACUGAACGGGGUGAGAUAGGAGCUAAGGCUGGUUUAAAGGAACAACCUAAUCUAGUUGCUAGUAUGGCAGUGCAGAAGGAUAGCAAGGGAGAGCAGCAAACUAAUUUGGGUGAUAGGCAGUGUAAUGCCCGAAUUCUCCGAUGUGUUUAA